AUGAAUUUGUCGUCCCAAAAGCGAUUCGGCCGCUUGCUUCUCUAUGUGAUCGGAGUGGCCACUAUCUUCCUCAUUCUCUGGCCGAUUUCCAAUUACGGAGAGUCGGUUUGGGUCGGGUCGAGGGGUGCUGGAAAUGCGAUUGAAGCGAUUAAAAAUGGAACAUUGGGGGUCGGCAAAGUCCUCGUGAUCAAUCUCCCCAGCAGACCUGAUAAACGGGAUGACAUGAUUCUGGGCUCAUCGGUCAGUGAUUUCCAUCUCGAAUUCAUCGAUGGAGUCACUCCGGACCAGAUCAGUCCUCAGUCAUAUCCUUACAACUGGAAUUAUGACCACGAGCCAAGCGAGUAUGCAGCUCGACGGGCGCAUUUAAACGGGAUGCAGCGCAUCGUGAACGAACGACAAGGCAGCGCAAUAAUCAUGGAAGACGACGCCGAUUGGGACGUAGCGAUCAAAACUCAGCUACAGAGUUUUGCACUUGCCGUCCGAUCCCUCCAGGGAAAGACAACUAAUGAGCCCACUGCAUCACCAUACGGCGACGAUUGGGACAUCCUUUGGCUUGCUCACUGCGGAAUCGAAUGCCGGACAGAUAUACCCUUCUUUCUAACGCCGAACGAUCCUACUAUCCUUCCGCCGCAUCAUUUUCUGCCUUAUUGGCGUGAACCGCCUCCGGUCGGGCGACCCGAUCAUACCCGGUUGACCUGUUCCACCAGCGAUGGUGUUUGCUCGAUUGCCUAUGCUGUUAGUUAUCGCGGCGCGCAGAAAAUUCUAGCUGCGCUCUCUGUGAAUCCAUCUGGGAUUGCAGAGGAGAUUGACAUCGGUGCUCAAUUCGACGUGUCGUUGGGUCGGAUGUGUGGGAACGGUUAUCUAAAGUGCUUUGCACCUUACCCGUCCCUGAUGGGAGGUUAUAUCAAGACCUCUGACAUUCACAGCCCAGAAGAGGCAAGUAGAGAGAAGCCUUCUAGCUACGGGGUGAUGUACAGCACCAUGAUGAACAUUAGACGGAUCCUGAGUGGGGAUGUCACAGUCCAGUCUAAUUGGGAUGACGCCGCGGUUCCAAUCGUCAACCCUGAUGAUAUUCCGGUUUUAGGAGGGAUAAUUCAAACGUUGGACGAUAAGGUAGACGUAUGA